AUGGAUUCGACUCGCCCCCCCCUUUCUCCUGGCACUCGGUUAAUCCAUCGACUCGCCAGAUAUAUCCUACGUCUCCUCCGUGAACAACUCUUCCCAGGUCACCCGCCCACGCCUUGGCCUAAAGACAUCCCCAUCCGCCUCCAGGUCGAGUGUCACCAGAUCGUUGCCGUUGUCGUCAAAGCAUUCCUGAAUGCAGAGCAUUUGGCGUGGGCGCUCCAUGAUUACAAGGUACAGAAAGGAAAACUCACAGCCGCGGAAUUACUGGCUCGCUUUCCACCUGCAUCGCGACAAAAGGGCGACGGAACUCCCUAUAUCAAGGACGAACCUUUCAUUGUGGUCGAUUCAGUCGGUCGCAUUCUUUUAUGGUACCUCCCCAACAUCGUUUCAAGCGCACGACAGGCCGUCAUCUUAGAAGCGAUAUCUUGGCUGUCAUUCGACGCGCCCGAAACCCCCCUUCUGACGAAACCUUGCGAAUUCCGAAGACAUGAAGGGACCUUCACACCUUCCGGCCCUCUUGUAAGAAGCGGGGUGGCAACAUUUGCUUCCUGUUGGCCUGUGCCGAUGAAAUCUAGAGACCAGAAAGAUCCCUCGUCGUCUCUGAGGCCCUCCACCACCUUCAGCGAUCCUCGUAACGGUGGCCUAGAGUUCCUCGAAGAAGGUUUCCGAAAGCAUGGCCAUCCUGGGUGCUAUCUUGGCCGCCGUGUCACCCCGCCCAGUUCGAAGCUGGGCUUGACGUUCUUGCGCAUCUGA